AUGGAGCAGAAACUGGCGGAGUUCAGAGCUCGACGACAGGCUGAGAGGGCUAAUGUGAAGGAUCAGGUGGUUGGUACAGAGCACACACCAAAAACAGACGCGUGUGAUCCUUCUGACACAGCUGGUCGUCAACAGCCAAAGGUGUCAGGAGACAACCGAGCUUCACCUCAAGGCUCCCAAAGCAGGGAACAGAGCGACUGGCUGCUGGACAGCUCCCUGGGCAGGUGGCUGGUUUCAAAGCAGAUUGUGAUCACAAACCUCACUUUGCUGAAAUUCCUGCUGUGGUUGGUGUUUCUCGGUCUGUUUGUUGAGCUGGAGUUUGGACUGCCUUUCUUUGUCAUCUCCCUCUUCUACUGGAUGUAUGAAGGGCUCCGCAGCCCAGCAGCCCGUGAGCCUGGAGAACUGAGCGCGUAUUCUGUCUUCAAUCCGGACUGCCAGCCUUUGCUGGGCUCUCUCACAGCAGAGCAACUGGAGGGAGAGAUGGGAUACAGACCUUUGGCUAACAGAUAAAACUGUUCCAUCUGUUUAAUAUUAACUACUGGUACAAAUCAGUUUACUAGUGUGGCAUAAGGUUGAUGAUGUAACUCAAGGUAAUGGGAAGACUGAUGAUUCUGUCUAAUCAGUUCACAAUGUAAUGCGGGAAUAAGGGAAUAGUAGAAAAUGACCUGAACCAAACUUAAACACAGACACCAAACAAAAGUAUCAAAUAAAGAAUGAAUGAAUAAAGCACUUUGAACUAUG